UUUAUUUUGAUUACGCAUUCGAGUCUGUUAAAUGCGUAGUUUCUGGCUUUCAUUGGUUUGCUAGUUUUGCACCGCCGGCAUUUCUCUUGUAAUUGAGAAUCACUUGAUGUAUUUUUGAUGGGGUUUAUGUUUCAUUGUCAUUCAUCGCGAUGCUAACACAUGAAAGAUUAUCGCGAUGUUCCAUUACAUUUGUAUUCUUUAAAUGCGGUAUUUAAUGACAAUGACCGUCAUCAGUGUAUAUAAAUUGAUACUGUGUGAACUAUAGCAGCAAUGCUAAUAUUCUGUUUUUCCCUCAUGUCAAGUUGCAUAUUAAUUAAUUUUCCUUCUGUUUUCUUCUUUAUUUUACAGACCACAAACACACAGACACACAUGCCUACCCAACCUAUCACCGUUGGCGUAAUUCUAUUAAAAUCUAACAUUCCCAUGUCUUCAUGGCAAUUGCAUUGCACAUGUUUUGAUGGGAAUAAAAUAUAUCACUCCUCUGGAGCCAGAUUCAUGUUCAUAUUAACCGCCUCAACCAGUAAAUUCAAUGUGGAGGUGUAUCCCCCUCUGCUACAGUCAUCUCUGACAGAUGAGCCCUCCUCCUGUAUAGGGAGGCCAUUGAUGAGGUCACUGUCAUGGAUGAUUGUCCUGCCAGAGGUGAACAAUCAAGUUUAGUUUCCAUCUGUUCUAGUUUGGCAAGGGUAGCUGGUGUUGUUUGGUAUUGGACAGGUAUGGUUCUCAGGUUCUUAUUUUCAUCCAAGAGCUUGAUUAUUUUUUCACAAGCCUUGCUCUCUCCAAUUAUAGGAACGUUCACCUUGCCAUAAAAUUUAGUAACUUUUGAAAGCACUAUUUUCGCACAAUCCCAUUUUGUUUCAUUUGUAGCGUUACCCUUUUUUGGUGGAUAGGGACUGCAGUCUUGAUGUCAAGAUCAUACAACAGUGGAUUCAGGGGAUGUGAGGGAAGGACCAUUGUCCUUCUUUUACUGUCAUGAAGUUGUUUCAUGGGUCUUCGUUGUUACCCUAUACUCUUACUACUCACUAACGUCACACUCUCCAGCUUCAUUUGUCUGAGGUAAUUUAGAGAGCCUAACCAAGCUGUUGGGCUGAAGGUCAGUGCUGAAUCAGUGAAGCAGGUGUAAAAUGUUUCCAGUAUUGACUUUGACUUUUUAGUGACAUACGUAAGGACCAGUUGCAGGCAAUUUUGUAGUUGUUAUGUGUAGAAAAACACCUGCAAUUAAAUGAUCUUAUUCCUCACUGACAUCUAGAUCGCUCAGGUAAACAUUUGCAUGGAGAUAUUUGCAUGUGUUUGACCACAUUUACAAAGAAAAUUUUUUCCCUUUCCCUUUCAACCCCUUUAACUAUAUUGUAGAUCAUUGAAGGUAUGAUUCCCUCCUUUGUUUGCAGAUUACUAUUUUUGAUACUGGUCUGAGGUCACUGCAGUAAGUCUUUGUAUUUCACACACACAUUAGUGCUGAAUGCAACACCCCAAAUUCUACUUCAAUUUAUUACACCUAUAUUUCUUGAUUUACUCAAUUAAAUUUGUUUUGGGUUAAUUUGAAUGAAACUAAAAGUUUUCACCUGACUAAGCUUAAAAAAAAUAUAGUACUAAAGUACUAAAUUUUAGAUUUAGGUUUAUUUCAAUGUAUACCAUUAUUUUAACACUGACUGCCAGGCACAAUCUGGUGGAAGUUUUACAUAUGAUGAGUGUAUGAAGCUUGUUUUGUGAGAUGCUCAGUUUUGCAGAGCUGUGAAAGGUCGUGCAGGCUGGCAUAGACUAUCAGUUAUCAAAACUUCCUGCCCCCAUGUUUGCAUAAGAUGUUUGGUUUACAAAAUAAGCUUUUUUAAGCAUGUUCCCUCAGAAUUCAGUCAGCACUUCAUCUAUCAGUCUACCCCUCUCAGCAAAGAACUAGCGAAGAUGAACAAUGGUCAUUUGCCACUGUUACUGGGAUUUCUGUUGUCCUUAACAGCCUGUUGCACUUGUGAUGAAGAGAAUGUCGCCAUUGGUAAAAUAGCCGAUCAGUCAUCCAUGUACGGUAUCUAUGGUCCAUACAGAGCGAUUGAUGGGUACCUCUAUCGAGACUUUUCGCGUGGCAGCUGCUGUAUGACAGAUGAGGAAAUGAGACCCUGGUGGAGAGUUGACCUGUUUAAUGUUCACAAUAUCUCCUCUGUGGUUGUGGCGAACAGAUGGGACUGCUGUUCUGAAAGACUCAGCGGAGCAGAGAUUCGCAUUGGAAACUCCCUGGUAGACAAUGGCAACAGUAAUCCAUUAUGUGCUCAGAUUCCCAGCAAUCCUCCUGGGAAUAUUUUAACAUAUAGCUGUCCUGGGAUGCUGGGACGAUAUGUUAGCAUUUCACUCAACCGAACAGGAAUUCUAACUCUGUGUGAAGUAGAGGUCUACGGCCAAGUUGAUCAGCAAGAUGUUUGUGAAAAUCCGCUUUUGAUGACGGACCCCUUUCGCAACGUCGACUACUAUUACUAUGACUUCCCAAGUUUUCCGCUUUGCGAUUAUGCUUAUGGUGGAAGGUGGGUGCGCUUCUCCGGGAUCGUUGGGGAUGUUAUACCCGAAACCUGCGCUGGGACGUGCUGCGCUGGUUCAUCUUACUUCGCUUACCUGGGGUUCGCUCACCCGCAACUGGGGGAGGGCAUCAAACAGGGCAUUGCACGUAUCAGGUCAUUACAGUACUGCGUAGUCCAAGAUGUCCAGGGGAUGCAAGUUCUGGCUUGCCCAGGAGGGUACUACGUUUACCGUCUGCCGUAUUUACCGUGCCCAGUUACCUUUGGUGUUUGUCACCGCAACUGUACCUCAACCUCCUGUGGACCAAACGCGGAGUGUACCAGUUAUGGAGGCUGUGUCUGCAUUCUAGGAUAUGAGUAUCCUGUGAAUGUCCUGCCAACUCCAGAGUCUUUCUGUUAUGAUAUUGAUGAGUGUGCAUAUUACCCCGACAUCUGUCUCCCCAACGCUGACUGCAUCAACACUCCUGGGAGUUACACCUGCAUCUGUUACGAGGGGUUCAUUAAAAAAAUUAUGCCAGCCUCCGCAGCCUCAAAUCCCUGUGAAGAUGUGGAUGAGUGUGCCCCAAACCCAUGUGGCGCCAGGACAGAUUGCUACAACACUGUAGGAAGCUUCUACUGCCUCUGCAUGGAUGGAUACAUUUCCUCUACUGGAGUUAACUGGGUGUCUGGGACUACUGUGUGCCAAAGUACAGAGGAAUAUCUUGCCUCUCUAACUCUUCCAGAGGGACAGUCACCUGAGAUGUACUUCCUAGACCAAAUGACCAAGGAUUUGGAGGACAACCCUGAUCUUGUUCUGACUGAGAAGAAAGUGGCUGAUAUUGUGACCAUGAUCCUGGCCAUCAUAGCCAACAUGAAGCCAAAAGAUGGCGACUCAGAGAUAGCCAACGUCGUCCUGAACAUCUUAGAGGGGCUUGUGUCUGCCCUUGUUGAUCCCACAUCUCUGGAAGAUAAACAAGUGAUUCAGACAAAUGUGACAGCACCAGCUAUAGACAUUAAUUUAGUAAGCCUUAAAGGGGAUACUGAGACGCCUGCUAUGCUUGCCAUGGGAAACAUGAUGACUAUCAAUCUUGCAGCUGUUGCUAAAAAUAACAACGGAUCCGCUUCUGCUGUUCUGAUGUCAAUUGAUGGGAUGGAGACGUUCAUGAGUUCCAGUUUCUUCGAAAGUGAAAAUGUCACAGAGAUGUAUUCUGACAUCAUCACUGCCACACUGCCUAAGACGAGGCACAAGGAGCUCCCUGAGCCUGUCAAGUUCACUAUGCACCACAAGAAGGAGACGUUCCAGGCUGGCCUGGUUACCUGUGUGUACUGGAAGAUAAAUGGAACUGAGACGCACUGGUCAGAGGACGGGUGCACGGUCUCCUACUCCAAUGAGAACCACACUGUAUGCAGCUGUACCCACCUCUCCACCUUCGCCCUCCUCCUGCAGACGGGGGGACAGAAUAAUGAAGAGGAUGAUCCUCUGCUGGAGAUGGUAGACCUGUUAUGUAUGUGUGUGGGUCUGACCUUCCUCGCCCUCGCCAUCCUCACAUUCCUGCUGUGCACAUGGAACCCUAAGGUCAACAACACUGCCCGUCUCCACCUCAGCAUCUGCCUCUUCUUGGGUCACCUGCUCUUCCUGGUGGGCGUGUCUCGCACUGAGAAUGCGGUGGUGUGUGCAGUCAUUGCAGGCUUGCUGCACUUCAUCUUCCUGGCGGGCUUUGUGUGGAUGUUGCUGGAGACUGUGCAGCUGUUCCUGUUGGUCAGAAGCCUGACCAAAGUAAAGGUCAUCCAGAAGGAGGGGCUGAGGCCACUGUACCUCCUGCUGAUUGGCUACGGAGCUCCCAUGGUGGUGGUGGGAGUGUCUGCUGCAGUGUUUUCAGGCGGUUAUGGCAGCAAAGACACUUGCUGGUUAAAACAAGAAAAAAAUUUCAAUUGGAGUUUUAUUGGCCCAGUCGUUGCCAUUCUCACACUCAACUUGGUCUCAUUUGGUGUGAUCAUCUGGAGCCUGCAGCCUACACUAGCCAACAUGAAGAGUAACGUUUCCCAGUCAAAAGACACCAGACUGAUUAUCUUCAAAAUUGUUGCCCAGUUUUUUGUUUUGGGGUGCGCCUGGAUCCUGGGAUUUUUCCAGAGCAGCCCUUUCUUGAAAUACCUCUUCAUCAUCCUGAACUCACAGCAGGGCACCUUCAUCUUCAUCGUUCACUGUCUGCUGAACAAAGAGGUGCGAAAGGAGUACAGGAGGUGGUUCUCGUGUCUGUGUAGAAAAGAGGGACUGUCAGGAGACAGUGCUACUAAAGACACUGUGAACGAUGCAUCUCAACCCACAAAAGACAUGGACAAGGCAGAUCACCAUCAUCAAUAAGGAACUGAACAAUUAAAACUUUUUUAUGGAACUACAAAUACACAUUAAUUCGUAAAUACUUUUUAAUAUAUCAAACAAUGGUUACUGUAGAUUGAAUUAUAGAUAUAACUGCAUAUGCUUGAAUUGGUAGUUAGUUGCAUGUAAAUAUAUUGUUUUACAAGUUUAGUAAUACAGAAUAAGCAGUUGACAAGCAGUGUGGAAGGUGUCAAUUAUUGUCAGAGAAAAGAAGACUUCUGUAUAAAAUAAAUGCUAAAUAAAGAUGAUAUAUUCGUC